UUACUUCAAGCAUUAAAGUAACUAUCACAAUGAACACUUUGGGUCUUGCCGUCUUCUUGGUAGCUGUAGCCGCCGCUAACGCUGGCCUCCUUGCUGGGCAUUUGGGCGCCCCCAUCGACAGCGCCGCUGUUGUUGCUGGUCCCUCCGGCACCAUCACCCGCUCCGGUCUCGCUGUCGCCCAUGCCGCCCCUCUCGCCGUGGCUCAUCAUGCCCCCAUUGCCGUAGCCCACCAUGCCCCCAUUGCCGUAGCCCACCAUGCCCCUCUUGCCGUAGCCCACGCCGCCCCUCUUGCCGUAGCCCAUGCUCCCGUUGUUUCGCACAGAGCUGCCCAAUUGGGGCUCGAACUCUCCGUGCCAGCCGGCUCUGGACUUGAAGGCCAAUGGAUCCCAGACAUCAACGAAAAAUUGUACGAUGAUGGUUCUUACAAACCCCAUGUCUACGGGUUCUAGGGUGUUCACGUGAUCUAGUUAAUUUUAUGUUAUGAUGUAAAUAAAGAAUUUUGUGAAUUCUGAAAA